GUGGUCGGUCCAUAACAACCCCUGUCACGGAGGCUGAAAGCUACCGCAUAAAAACGUGUGCAUUUAUCGGAUAUGUGUUGUUGCUAAGGGCUUGGAUGUGUGUCUUUAAAAUUGAAUUGUCUCCUUGCAAUGGAAAGUGUAAUUUGAGAGAGACACCGCACAAAUACAGCCCGAACGAACGGUGAGAUGCUCUGAGCACGUCAUCCACACUGGGAGAAUACCGUGCCGCAGUGAGCAAACAAUCUGAUCGCUUCUAUUCCGCUCCCGGACACCGCUGAACAGAACUUCUCCCCAGCGGAGGCGAAUAGUUAACGGAGUGAUGCGAUGGGGACGAUGCAGUCCCUGACUUCAUUCUGGUUUUAAACCAAGAAAACACUGUAAUGAAUACUCAAUAACCAGCUACGGGAUCGGCUAGCCUAAGAUUAUAGCGGUCACAGCUGCGCACCUGACACUUACAUGGUUCUUUUGAGGGAUUAGAGAGAGACGGAACUAUCCUGGCACGACAACUGUCCGUGAGUGUUUAUUGUAGCAUUCCUACCUACCACGAGUUCUGCUUCUAAACUGUAACCAAUUUGAUCAGUUAAGAAAGCAAUGUUGCAAUAAACUGCAUAAAAUAGGAAUUAAUUACAUUGUAAUUUAUUAAUGCAACAUUUCAAUUGGCUGGCUGGCUGGAUUUGUGAUAAGCUGAGCCGCAUUAAAUCAAGCAGUGGCACCAUUGCACCUGUUAUAAGAGUUUGUCAUCAAUUGGUAUUUUAUAAAUAUGCCAGAUAUCUCAAGUGAGAUUAUUAUUUUAGGGAUAGUAUAGCUUCGUAACUGCGUCAGUGCAGGCGAACGUUGAAGGUAUGCACUCCCUCGCCGCUGGGGAAGGACAAUAAUAGUAGUCGCCUCUGAAUGUCACCGGUAAGUGUCUAAACAUUUCCCGGGGAUGGAUUCCGGGGACGACUCGGGCUCGGACCCGCCACUUGGAUCCACAUUCUCCUUGGUGCCCAAUUUAGACUCUGACAUCAAUGACAAUAGGCUUAUCUAUGAGAACGGUGGACAGCGGAAUGUUAACAUAGAAACGGCAGUGCUGCGUGGGGCAAGCGACCAGAGCGCGUUUUCCUUAUCGGACUACCGGGGACUCGUCCGCCAGAGGUUCAUUCGCAGAAGUUUGUGGUUUUCGGACGCGGACGACCAAGCGUUGGACGUGCCAGAAUGCGGUAACAGCACUCCAGUGCUCAGCGUCCACCUGCGCACCAUCGUGGACCGAACCCGAACCCUCGCGAUUGGACCACGCGUGGCUUUCCAGGUCCAGGAGAGCUCGAGCACCGAGAGCCAAGUGGGGCAGAAGGACAGCGCAACUGAAAGCGUAAGCGCGGAUGAGGAGAAGGAGAGGAGCGUGGCCGAGCCCAAACCAGAUGAUGCAGCUGAACCGUCGCCUGAUACCACUGGGAAAGCUGGGAGUGAUGAAAACGAGGAUGAGAACGAGAUGAAAGCCGUGUCCACCUCACCCGGGGGCCGGUUUCUCAAGUUCGAUACUGAGCUCGGGAGAGGGUCUUUCAAGACUGUUUACAAAGGUCUGGACACAGACACCUGGGUAGAAGUCGCUUGGUGUGAACUUCAGGACCGUAAACUGACUAAAGCGGAGCGUCAGAGGUUUAAGGAGGAGGCAGAGAUGUUGAAGGGUCUCCAGCACCCCAACAUUGUACGUUUCUAUGACUUCUGGGAGUCACCGGUCAAAGGGAGGAAGUGCAUCGUUCUUGUGACAGAGCUCAUGACCUCAGGGACACUAAAAACGUAUCUCAAGCGUUUCAAGGUGAUGAAGCCCAAGGUUCUGAGGAGCUGGUGUCGACAGAUCCUGAAGGGCCUCCACUUCCUCCACACCAGGACCCCUCCCAUCAUCCACAGGGACCUGAAGUGUGACAACAUCUUCAUCACCGGCCCCACCGGUUCCGUCAAGAUAGGAGACCUGGGAUUAGCUACGCUGAAGAGGACCUCCUUCGCCAAGAGUGUCAUCGGCACCCCAGAGUUCAUGGCCCCUGAGAUGUAUGAGGAGCACUAUGAUGAGGCGGUGGACGUCUAUGCCUUCGGGAUGUGUAUGUUGGAGAUGGCCACCUCAGAAUACCCCUACUCCGAGUGCCAGAACGCUGCUCAGAUCUACCGCAAAGUCACCGGCGGGGUGAAGCCUGCCAGUUAUGAUAAGAUCAGUGACCCAGAGAUUAAGGAGAUCAUCGGGGAGUGUAUCUGCCAUCGGAGGGAAGAGAGGUACACCAUAAAGGACCUCUUGAACCAUGCCUUCUUUGCGGAGGACACAGGCGUAAGGGUGGAGCUGGCCGAGGAGGAUGAUGGGAAAAAGAAUUCCAUUGCCCUCAAGGUGUGGGUGGAGGACCCUAAGAAGCUGAAGGGGAAGUACAAGGACAGCGGGGCCAUCGAGUUCACCUUUGACCUGGAGAAAGAGACCCCAGAGGGUGUGGCCCAGGAGAUGGUGGAGUCAGGCUUCUUCCUGGACAGCGAUGUGAAGAUAGUAGGAAAGUCCAUCAAGGACCGAGUGGCUCUCAUCAAAUGGAGGAGGGAUCGGACCGUCCCUGCAGUCGACACCCAGACCCAGAACCUGCUACAGUUGCCCAGCAUGGGGUUACCACCACAGGGGGCGCCACUGGCCCCAGCAGAGUCUGAGGAGGAAGAGGGUGACCAGCCCCUUACCCUGCUCUGCAGCCUGCCGGCCCCAUACAGUCAGCACAGUGCCCCCUACCAGUCCCUCCCAGAGCCCAUAUCUACACCCCAGGUCUACAGCCCACCUGUGCAGUCCCAGGCCCAGCUGCACCAGACGGCCUACCAGCAGCCCACUGCACAGCCUCCGCAGGUGGCCUACUCCCAUGCUAGUACCACACAGUUUCAUCAGGGGGCCUACCAGUCUCCACCUGUAAGUUCUCUCACACAAAAUGCCCCAUUGUCUCAAACUCAUACACCCAGUACAGGAUUGACCCAGCCCCAGGCUCAGCAUAUCUCUGUUCCAGCCACACCAGGGCCUACAGUACAUAAGAGCAGACCAGCUGCAACACAGAGCUUCCCAGCUGCUGCCCAUGUCCCCACUGGACAGGCACAGGCACAGCUUACUGCUCCUGUCCAGCCCAACCAGGAGUUGUCUACCAGUCAGCCUCUACAUGAGCAGUGCUCUGACAUCACCACCAGUCUUGUCCAAUCAGCUGCCUUCCUGGCCAGCAGUGCUCCUCCCCCUCUACAGCAGCCUGCCCUGGCCACACCCCCUAUUGAGCCACUACAGAUCAAGACAGAGAUCCAGACUGGUGCCCCUCAGGACCCCCAGGAAGAGGCUCCGGUGUCACCACUGGCCCCGCUCCACCCCGUCCAGCCUGCCGUCCUGUCCCCUGCCCGGAGGGGGCAUAUGGUUGACCCCGACCCUGCUGCUGCAGCCAGGUCUGAUCAGACACUCCCUGAGAGUCCAGCCCCGGCCCCACCCCUGGCUCCGGCCUCGGCUCUGGCUGCAGCCUUGCAGCAGGCUGGCACCCAGAAAGGUACCAGCCUGCCCACGACUCCGCAGAACCUGGAAACUGAGUCCAUAUCUACCGUUUCCCAACCCGAGUCCAGCCAAGAGGAGCCAGUGCAAGAGAAACCCAUGGCGUUUCACAGUUAUGCAGGCUAUGACAGCUUCAACUCAGAUGUGGCGUCGGGUAAGGAGAUGAGUGAUGGUUACGAUGGCUCGGCCAGCAGCGGGAAGGGAGACGGGAAGUCCCGGAAACACCACCGCAAGUCGACCCGCACACGCUCACGCCAAGAGAAGACCAACAAGCCCAAACUGAGCAUGCUCAAUGUGAGUAACAUGGGCGAUAAGAUGGUGGAGUGCCAGCUGGAGACCCACAACCACAAAAUGGUAACCUUCAAGUUUGACCUGGACGGAGAUGCUCCAGAAGAAAUCGCUAUUUACAUGGCAGAGAAUUUCUUCAUCCUACCCAUAGAGAAGGCGAUGUUCAUUGACCAGUUGAAGGACAUCGUGGACAAGGCUGAGGACAUGCUGAGCGAGGACAUGGAGGGAGAGACGGAGUCCGCUUUGGGGGGCAGUCCCCAACUGGGACACACCUCUUGGGGGCCGGGGGAGAGUCAGCAGCCUGGAGCACCCCAGCCUGUUUAUCAGCAGAAUGUGCUCCACACAGGGAAGCGAUGGUUCAUCAUCUGCCCAGUGGAGGAGACUCCCACCUCCAACCAGGAUGGGACUGCAAACAUGUCUGCCGAUGGGACUACAACUACUCAACAUGAUGGGAAUACAACUACUCAACAUGAUGGGACUACAACUACUCAACAUGAUGGGACUACAACUACUCAACAUGAUGGGAAUACAACUACUCAACAUGAUGGGACUACAACUACUCAACAUGAUGGGAAUACAACUACUCAACAUGAUGAGACUACAACUACUCAACAUGAUGGGACUGCUCAGCCUGAUGGAAGUGCUGUGCCAGUAUCAGCGUCCUCCUCCAUAGCUAACUCUGUGUCUGGGGGGAGUGGAGGCUUCAACUACGAGGGCUAUGGCCUCUGUAGCCCUCCCAUCCUGUCCUCCACAGACCCUCUCCUCCUGGCUAUGUCCCAUGUCUCACCUCCCUCUGGCCCCCCAUCUGUCCAACCAGGCCAUCCUCCAGAGGGCCAGGCCCACAGCUCUAUCCUGCCCAGGCUGCAUCACACCCAGUCAGCCUUGGCUCUGCCAGUGGCCCCCUCUGGAGGUCUCCGUAGCUCCCUGCCUGGAGAGGAGCACCAGGGGGGAGGGCGUCUUCGUGCCAUCUCCCCCAUCCAUGCUGUCCAGAAGAUGGCGGAGAUGGCAUGUGCUGCCUCCAUGGUGGAGGAGGUGCCCUGCUGCCCACUGGCCAUGCCAAUGUUCCUGGAUGUGAGUGGUGGAGCCCAGGGGAAAUCAGCUCCUCUCACCCUUCUGCCCUCCCAGGACCCCUCUACCUCCUCAGCCAGAGAGUCCCUCCAACUCUCCUACCCCUCCGUUGCCCGCCCUGACCGCUCCCAGCCGCCUGUGGUGCUCCAGCAGCCCUUCUCCAUGGGUGGAGCAAAGGCCCCCUCGCUGCCCCAGAGCCCUGCCCCCCACCAGCACACGGCAGGGGGGCCCAGUGAGUCAGAUGGGGAGGGGCGAGGGGUGGGGGGCCGAGGGGGCUUUGUGGACAGCACCAUCAAGACUCUGGACGAGAAGCUGAGGACCCUGCUGUACCAGGAGUAUGCCCCCAUGUAUCCAUCAGGCAGUGCUGCGGAGACGCCAGGCUCAGGGACAGAGUAUGUCCAAUCCCCUCCUGGCCCAGACAGCUCCACCUUGGGUUCAGGAAGCAGCACUCCCCGACCUAUGGGGGAGGGGCGCUACCGGACAGGGGAACAACUGCCUCAGAUUCCAGAGAGGAUGGACAGUUUGAGCACGUUGAGUGAUUCUGCGGUGUGUGCUCCCAUGUCUAGGAGACAAAACGUACCACACUCUACCUCCUGCUCUGGCUCUGGAUCCAGAGGCCAGUUUAAGAUGAUCACAGGCCUUCCUGAUGUGGUGACGCAAGGAGAGCGGAAGCAGAGGAGUUGGAACAGCGCUGCCUCCCCGGCGCACCCUGCUGGCCAUCUCUUAGACUACCGCAGCAGUGCCCAGGCCGCCUCCACCAUUAUCGGACGUUUCUCAGUGGUCAGCACCGAGGACGACGUCACCCUGAGGAGCUAUGACAGCCGCUACUCCGCCCCGCCAGACUUCUACCUUGAUACACCCCCCGCCAUGGCCAAACGGGGGUCGUUGACACACGCCUCCACAUCCACCUCCGUGUCUGUUGAUGUUACAGUCCACGCUCACGCGCGCUUCCUGUCCUCGGACUCGGGGGCGGAGAGUAGUCCGGCCAAGCUGGCCCCGGCCACGCCCUCACGCCACGGUCGCUCAGGGGAGCGUAGAGGAAGUGACCUCAUGAAGAGAGCGGUGGCUUUCCUGCGCCGUUCAGGCCGUAGUAGUAGUGUGCAGAGCUCUGAUUCUCUGAGCCGGCAGGGGGGCGUGCAUGGCUCGGCCUAUGUGAGCAGUGAUAAUGACUCUGAGUUAGAGGACUCGGAUAUGAAGAGAGAGCUGACCAGACUCAGGGAGAAACAUUUAAAGGAGCUCUCGGAGCUGCAGGCGCACCACAGAGGGGAGAUAGAGCUGCUGUACCGCAGGCUGGGUAAAGCCACCUCACCCCCCCUGGGUCUCUCUCACUCAGUUCCCCCCAAGCGGAGGAGCAAGCACAAGCACAAACUGAAGGCUGAAAAACUCCUCAGUCCUCUGGUACAACAGCUUAGGCAUGUCACCACCAAAACCAGCGACUCUGGCAAAACCAGUGAGACUACAGUCAGUCUGAACGGGUCUCCAGCUAAAGCUCCAGUACAGUCGGACAGAAGAGCCCGUUCAGGUACCAGUCACUUGGAUACCUCCACCUCUGAACCUGUCCAGACCAAGCAGCCCUGCUCCCUCAAGGGUUCCCUCUCUUCAGACAACAUCUACGCUGGAGCUGGACUACACGGAGAGAGGACAGGACCACAAGCUUCACCAGGCCAAGGCUGGCCGUCUUACCCUCCACCGCCAGAGAGAGUGACCUAUAAAUCCAAUAGCAAACCACGCGCUAGAUUCCUCAGUGGGCCUGUGUCUCUGUCUAUCUGGUCAACUCUGAAACGACUCUGCCUUGGAAAAGAUCGUGGAAGGGGGACUGGAGCAGGCCCAGGUGCAUCCCCCCAGCCACCCCAACAACAGACAGCCAGCUCUACUCCUCCCCACCAGACAGUAGCAGGGCUGGCCCAAGCCCAGGCCAACAACAGCAACAACAAGACAGGCACCUACACUGGCACCUACAUGGGCUCCUACACAGAGUCCUUCACAGACUCCCUUCACAGGAUAGUGGAUGAUUGGACCAUGGAGGCCCUGGGUGUCGCCCGGCGCCCGCGGACUAGCUCCCUCAACCUCAGAGGGCAACCACUUUGGAACGAGGACCCCGGGGGGCCCAGAACAAGAGACAGACUGUUCAGCGCUCCAGAUGCACCUGCCAGGACAGCCCCUGGCUCUGAAGGCCCCCAGCUCCCCCUGUCAUGGCCGAUGAUUGACAAUCAGGCCCUGUGCUCAGUGAUGAAGACCAGCUCCCCGAGACAGGCAGAGUUCCAUCCUGGCUACAUGCUGGCCCAUUCAGGCCCAGACCUGUUUGGGGGGCUGCUGCUCUCGCCCCUCUCGCCCCUCUCGCCCCUCUGUGUAAGCUUUUGGCCUGAGCUGCUGUCCCCCUUGGGUUCAGGGGUGUUUGCUUUACCUGCCGUGCCCCCAACCUGUGGCACCACCACCCCUGGUCCACCCUACGAACCACCCGACCCCAAACCCAGGAACAUCCAACCCCUGUAGCACCAUGUCUUCCAACUAUGCUUCCAAAAUGAGUUAUAUGUAGUUAGAGCUCUAGUCUUCCCUUACCACAAUGUAAACUAUUUAUAUUUAACCAGCAUAUAUGUAUAUAAUAAGUAUUUGAAUACACACUGAGUGUACAAAACAUUAAGAACACCUUCCUACUAUUGAGUUGCCCCCCACCUUUUGCCCUUAGAACAGCCUCAAAUCGUUGGGGCAUGGACUCUACAAAGUGUCAAAAGCGUUCCACAGGGAUGCUGACCCAUGUUGACACGGAUGCUGGCCCAUGUUGACACAGUUGUGUCAAGUUGGCUGGAUGUCCUUUGGGUGGUGGACCAUUCUUGAUAAACACGGAAAACUGUUGAGCGUGAAAACCCCAGUAGCGUUGCAGUUCUUGACAUAGACCGGUGCACCUGGCACAUACUACCAUAUCCCAUUCAAAGGCACUUAAAUAUGUUGUCUUGCCCUUUCACCCUCUGAAUGGCACACAUACACAAUUCAUGUCUCAAUUGUGUCAAGGCUUAACAAUAUUUUUUAACCUCUUCCUCUUCAUCUACACUGAUUGAAGUGGAUUUAACAAGUGACAUCAAUAAGGGAUCAUAACUUUCACCUGGAUUCCCCUGGUCAAUCUAUCUAUGUCAUGGAAAGAACAUGGAACGUUCUUAAUGUAUUGUACACUCAGCGUAUGCUGUUAUCAAUGUGUGUGACAUUAUCAACCUCAAUUGACAUACCUCAUAUUUAUGUACAUAAGGGACAUAUGUCUAUCUUAUCACCUGUGUGAAUGUGCUGUAGUGUAUAUAAAUGUAUAUAAGUGUAUAUAUAUAUAAAGGUGUUUGUGCAUAAUCCAUUUGUUUGUUUGUGUAUAAAGCUUUUGUGUAUUUACAUGAUCUAUUUGUAUAUUAUUCAUUCAUACUGUAUGUCUUUAUACAUAAAUUGUUCACGUUUGUGUGUAAAUCACCCAUAUGUGUGUACAGUAUGUGUAUGUAUAUACAGUAACCCCUGUGUGUUUUUGUGUGAGCGUGUGUACAUUAGGUGCUAUUAGGAGCCAUUCACCAUCUUGCCAUCACUGUGAAGCUUUGUCACCCUGGUUACCAGCCUGGUCACCCUGGUUACCAGCCUUGUCACCCUGUUAACCAGCCGUGUCAUCCUGGUUACCAGCCUUGUCACUCUGGUUACCAGCUGUGUCACCCUGGUUACCAGCCUGGUCACCCUGGUUACCAGCCUUGUCACUCUGGUUACCAGCUGUGUCACCCUGGUUACCAGCCUUGUCACCCUGUUAACCAGCCGUGUCAUCCUGGUUACCAGCCUGGUCACUCUUGUUACCAGCUGUGUCACCCUGGUUACCAGCCUGAGCCCCUGGUUAAAAGCCUUGUACCCCUGGUUACAAGCCUGGAUUAUCUGGUUACCAUGACCCUCUGCUUUAUUACUGCUAUUUAUGUUGUAAUAUAUUUCAACUUCCUCAAACUUAAUUGAAAUGUGUACAACACAAGUGCUUGAAAUAGUCUGAAGAAAUGUGGAAGAACUUGAACUUAAAGUGCCUUGAACAUUAGUUUCAAUUAAUUCUGGAGACGAGCAUGAGGUCAUUUGAGAUAACAUAGGAUAAUGUGGUCAUGUUAUGUGUAUGGUUUAGCCUUUAGAGGUACUAGAUAUAUUUUUGUGGUUCACUUAUGAAUGUUGUAUUUAGGGAAAGAAACUGGUUGGUUAGUUUUAGGUUGCCAAUUCAGAAUGUUGGGAGCACGACCAUGUUAUUGGUUGAUUUGUGAAUAUUUUAAUAACAGAUGGUAAAGUAUCUCCUUUAGCACUGUAAGAUUCACACAGGGCACUGAAGCUAUGUUGGUCCCUUUGUCCAGAAGCUAUGUUGGUCCCUUUGUCCAGAAGCUAUGUUGGUCCCUUUGUCCAGAAGCUAUGUUGGUCCCUUUGUCCAGAAGCUAUGUUGGUCCCUUUGUCCAGAAGCUAUGUUGGUCCCUUUGUCCAGAAGCUAUGUUGGUCCCUUUGUCCAGAAGCUAUGUUGGUCCCUUUGUCCUGAAGCUAUGUUGGUCCCUUUGUCCAGAAGCGAUGUUGGUCCCUUUGUCCUGAAGCUUGUACAAAGCAAUAGCUACACCAUUUUUUUGUCAACACUUACCACAACCUGCAUGAACAUACACACUGAAGCUUGCACAGCAUAAAAGGUGGAGAGUCAGACCGUAGCAUUCUCUGGGUGAUAACUAGUGUUACUUGGCUGUCAUUAACUGAGUAAUAAUUUCAUUGUUAGUCCACGCCUGUUGUUUACAAAGCAUGUGACAAAUACAAUUUGAUUUGAUUUGAUUAACACCGUGCAAUAAACAGUGGAUUUUUCAUACUGUACUGAAGCAGGCUAUAGGUGAUUUCUCCUACAGUAUGCCUCACUGUAGGUUUGAGUCAUUUACCUUAAAGAGCUCCGUAUGGUUUUGGUGGGUUAAUGCAUUAGAUGUACACAGUAACGUAUGACAUAUAUGGCAGGUAUGAUAUGUGAUUUAUUGCAGGACCUAAGCAAGUAGACUACUAUAAAGACAAUGCAAUACCUAUUGGGAUACACAUGUCAUACUGUAUCUUUUGGGUUUGUGUAUGGUUAUAAAAAGUAAUAAUGUUCAA